CAUCAUAAACAAAAUGCAUAGUAUUAACUUUAAGCGACAGGGAGGAAUGCCUGGCUCUGCAAGACUACGGGAUUGCGAUGUGCUGCGAAAAAUCACGUGCAGACAAGCUGAGGAAAAUAGUCUCUACGGUGCUAUUUGUGCUGCUCCUGCUGUCAGCCUUUUGCCAUGGGGGCUUUUGAAGAAAAAGAAGAUAACUUGCCAAGAUUUUGGGCCAUUAAAUCAAAUCUUCAGGUUUCCAGAGGACUCACAACCAGCCGGGGGCCUGGAACUAGUUACCAGUUUGCUUUGUCCUUGGCUGAGCAGCUAUUUGGGGAGUCUGUUGCCAAGGAGGUUGCAGAAUUGAUGUUGAUGAGAACGGAUGAUGAUAAUGCAGCUAAGAAGGAGUUCAAUAAAGUUGAAUGGUCUGUAGGCCACCACACCCCUAGUGUCCUUGUACCAAUUGUACAUGGCUCUGAAGAGAUUGAAGUAGUGACUGUGGUAGAUAUUCUUAGGCGAGCAAAAGCUAAGGUCAUAGUUGCUUCAGUUGAAAAAUCUCUUGAAGUUUUGGCUUCUCAAGGAACCAAAAUUGUUGCUGAUAUAUUAAUUGGUGAUGCUCAAGAGUCACCAUAUGAUCUGAUUAUUCUUCCAGGGGGAACUGCUGGUGCUCAAAGACUAAGCAAAUCUAGAAUUCUGAAGAAGCUUCUUAAAGAACAAAAUUCAGCUAAAAGAAUAUAUGGGGCAGUCUACUCUUCACUUGCCAUUCUACAAAAACAGGGCUUACUAAAGGACAAGAGGACCACAGCUCAUCCCUCCGUCUUAGUCAAGCUUAAAGACGAAGAAAUAAAUGGUGCUAAAGUAGAUAUUGAUGGCAAAUUGAUCACUAGUGAGGUACUUGCCACUGUAACGGAUUUUGCAUUGGCCAUUGUGAGUAAGCUAUUUGGUAAUGGAAGAGCAAGAAGUGUAGCAGAAGGCCUUGUUUUUGAGUAUCCUAAGGAGUGCAUGUAGCCUUGUUUUUGGUAAUUGAUCACUAAGAAUUAUUUUGCCCUCAAUCACCUCAGAAAGAUGGAUAAGUUGCAGUUUUUGUGGGCAAAUCUUAGAGCAACCUGUACACAGCCAUGUUGUCAGAAUCCUGAGCCAAUGUUUGAUUAGCUUGGUAUCGAUUCAUGUCCCCUUUUGGCAUUCAUUUCACACACAUGGAUGGUAGCAAUCAAUCUUCUGAGUUUGAUUUCUGGAGGGGAUGUUGACCUGGGAAUGCCAUUGCUAUUGACUGAGAUGAGAACUUGAUGGCUUUCAUCAUUUAUAUGGAAUAGUUAAACACACUGUAGACUCUAGUUAACGAUAGAUUGAACUUUCUAAUAUAGAAUUCAAACUUCUCUCAGGAUGUAAGAAAAGUGCUCUAAACGCAUUGUAAUAAUUUAAUUAGCCAGAUAUCAUCUUGUAUCGCAAAAAACAACCAUGUUGAAUUUUUGUAGGGAAACGUGGUUUAGUCAUAUCUUUACUUUGGUAAUAAUUAUUUUACUUUUGUCAA